CAAUUUUCGUCUAUCUAUAGGCGUCUAUAUAGGCGUAGAUAGACGUUGUCGAGUAACAGGUUUUAUGGAAGUUUCAAACAACAAGUCAUUAAAUAAUUUAAAAGUAUCUAAAUGUGUGAAAAUGAAAAGAAAACAUUUAAAAUUGAUAUUGUGUGUAUUUGUGCUGUGGUAUUUGUACAAGUAUUUUGGUGUUGGUGAAUAUCUACACGCAUCAAGCUUUGACAACGAUUUCCACUAUCCUCUCGAUGUGAAUGUAAGAGCCAUAGUAGAUGAUGUUUUAAGAUAUCAUAAUUUCACAGUGAAGCCCAUCAACUAUUACCCGUACAACUUCCUAAGCAAGUCUAACAAAUGCUUAAUUACUAAGAAAAUUGAUUUAAUGAUUGUGGUCAAAUCAGCAAUGGAUCACUUUGGCCACAGAGACGCAAUCCGAAGAACAUACGGCCAAGGCAUUUCAGGCCUGAUCGUGAACAUCCUAUUUUUCUUAGGAGUUGACGGAAACCCCAAGUCCGAUGUGCAGCGACAAAUAGACAAGGAGAUGUCGGAGCACCGUGACAUCAUGCAGAUGGACUUCAUCGACUACUACUACAACAACACCAUCAAGACGAUGAUGUCGUUCCGCUGGGUGUACGAGCACUGCUCGCACGCCGACUACUACCUGUUCACCGACGACGACAUGUACAUCUCCGUGAACAACCUGCUGGGCUACCUCCACGACCGGGAAGCGACGCGGCUGGCCGCCACCAGCUCGCCAGAUGCGGCCGGCCAGCUGCAGAGCGACUUGUUGUUCACCGGGUACGUGUUCCGCUCGGCUCCGCAGCGGUUUCGGUUCAGCAAGUGGCGCGUGUCACUCGAGGAGUACCGCUGGGACCGAUGGCCGGACUACGUGACGGCUGGAGCCUACGUCGUAUCCAACAAGGCCAUGCGUGUCAUGUACAUUGGCAGUCUGUUUGUGAAGCACUUCCGUUUCGACGACAUCUACUUGGGCAUAGUGGCGAAGAAGGUGGGCAUCACGCCAGAGCAUUGCCCGCACUUCUACUUCUACAAGAAGGAGUUCUCUCGCGACGCCUACGAAAACGUGAUAGCGUCACAUGGUUACCAUGACCAUGAUGAACUCAUCAGGGUCUGGUACGAGAUGAAUAGUAAAGAUUUUAUGAGAUGA